AUGGUGGAAGUGGCCGACCUGAUCGGCCGAAGGCCCUUCUUGGCGAUGCGGCUGCGGACGAGGCUGGCCAAGCCCACCUGCAACCCCACCCAGGCCCGCUUCACCUUCGUUUUCCCGGUGGAGAGAAAGAAGGCCUGUUGGCUGCCACCGCUUGGCUUCCCUGGCACCAAUCUGGCGAGGCUGCCCGGACCAGGGUGCGAGGGCAGUGCCCUGCCCAUAGGAGCAGCAGCCUCUCCCCCACCCACCCUGCUGAUGUCCCUGGCCUUUCCCCCAGCGCCCUGCAGCUGGAACCUCACCGGACCCCAAGGAUCCCUGGCAUCUCCGCUGCCCAGCAGCAUUGCCUACGAGGAUGGCUCGCUUGACUGCACCUACACCCUCUCGGUGUACCCUGGCUAUGGCGUGGAGAUCCGGGUCCAGAACAUCAGCCUUGCCGAAGGCGAGACCAUCACUGUGGAGACGCUCGGAGGCAUUGAGCCGGUUCCCCUGGCCAACGAGUCCUUCCUGAUGCGUGGACAGGUGAUCCGUGGCCCCACCAACCAGGUGGUGGUCCGGUUCCAGAGCCCCUCUCCUGCCAACCCGGGAACCUUCCACUUCCGCUUUGAAGCCUAUUUGCUCAGCUGCGCCUUCCCCGCACGCCCUGCCUACGGGGACGUCUCCGUCACCAGCACCCAUCCGGGUGGCCAGGCCUGCUUCUCGUGCGUCGUCGGCUACCAGCUGGCGGGGAAGCCCUGUCUGGCUUGCCUCAACGCCACCCACCCCUUUUGGAGCAGCCAGGAGCCGGCCUGCAUCGCGGCGUGCGGCGGGGUGAUCCAGAACGCCACCACCGGGCGCAUCGUGUCGCCGGGGUUUCCGGCCAAUUACAGCAACAACCUGACCUGCCACUGGGUGCUGGAGGCCCCCCCCGGGCAGCGCCUCCACCUGCAUUUCGAGAAGGUCUCCUUGGCUGAAGAUGACGACAGGCUAAUAAUCCGGAAUGGGAACAACAUCGAGGCGCCCCCCGUGUACGACUCGUACGAAGUCGAAUAUCUGCCCAUCGAGGGGCUGGUCAGCACCACCCGUGGCUUCUUUGUUGAGCUUUCCACCGAUAGCGGCGGGGUGGCUGCCGGCGUGGCGCUGCGCUAUGAGGCCUUCAAGCCCGGCCACUGCUACGAGCCGUUUGUCAAGUAUGGGAACUUCACCACCAGCAACGGGAGCUACAAAGUGGGCACCACCGUGGAGUUUGCCUGUGAGCCCGGCUACACCCUGGAGCAGGGCUCUGUCAUCAUCGAGUGCGUGGACCCUGCCAACCCCCAGUGGAACGAGACAGAGCCAGCCUGCCGAGCGGUGUGCAGCGGGGAGAUCACGGAUGCAGCUGGCGUGGUUUUGUCUCCCAACUGGCCAGAGCCUUAUGGAAAAGGGCAAGACUGCAUCUGGGGGCUCCACGUGGAAGAGGACAAGCGCAUCAUGCUGGACAUACACGUGCUGCGCCUCGGCAGAGGGGACACGCUCACCUUCUACGACGGGGAGGUGCCCCGUAACGACACCUGCCCGGAGCUCCCUGAAAUCCCCAACGGCUGGAAGACCACCUCCCACCCGGAGCUGAUCCACGGGGCCGUGGUUACCUACCACUGCUAUCCCGGGUAUGAGCUGGUGGGCACAGAGCUGCUGAUGUGCCACUGGGACCUGAUGUGGAGCGGGGACCUGCCGUCCUGCCAGAGAGUGACCACUUGUCCAGACCCCGGGGACGUGGACCACAGCCGGCGGCUGGUCUCUGCCAACAAAUUCCCCGUCGGCUCCACCAUCCAGUUCCUCUGCGACAAAGGCUACGUCCUGGCGGGGAGUGGGGAGAUCGUCUGCCAUGACCGACAGGCUGGGGGGCCGAAGUGGAGCGACCGCCUCCCCAAAUGCAUCCACGAGGUCUACGAACCCUGCCGCAAUCCGGGCGGACCCGAGCAUGGCGCUCAGCACCCCGAAAAGCGGCUGUACCAGCCCGGGGCCACCCUGCGUUUCUCCUGUGCCGCCGGCUACCUGCUGCUGGGCGACACCGUCCUCCGCUGCCUGCCUGGGCACCCCUCGCACUGGAGCGGCCCUCCCCCGCUCUGCAAAGCCGCCUCCAGCGAUGAGUUUUAUGCCAACCCCAACCUGGACGCGGUGGCCCAGGUGGUGCCAGGCAGGGACCCGUCGCAAGGAUCCAGCGUGGCCUUCGCCGUCUUCCUGCCGGUGGCUGCUGUCGGGCUUCUCCUGGGCACCAUGUACCUGUGCGUCUCCAGUCAUCAGGGGAAGCCGGCGAUGGCAGCGCCCCUCUCAACGUCACAGCCCUACAGCCAUAUCACGGGCGACACAGCCUUCAACAAUCCCACCUACGAGACCGGAGUAAGUGGCCACCCCUUCCUUUCCCAGCUGCGCCAGAUGGUGGGGCAGGAGGGCCACCUCUCCUCCUCAGCCUGGUGGUGACAGAUUACAACCUCCAUCAGCCCCAGCUGCCAGGCUCAGCAGAGCUGGCUGGGAAGAUGCUCAGGG